GCCGAUUGGCUGGAUAAGGCCAGGUGGCUCUUGACGUGGGCCGUGGCCGACGUGCCUCUAACGUCCUGUAACUAUGGAAACACGGCGUUCCAGGGAGGUUUAGGGAAAUCGUGAACGCUGGACGGCCGAACGGAGCGCACGUUGAGCGUUACGAUUGAGUGGUUACAUGAUUAGAUGACUGUAACAUCGUUUCGUCAUGGAUCAGUACAGUAUAUUGGGGAGGAUCGGAGAAGGAGCCCAUGGCAUAGUUUUUAAGGCUAAACAUAUCGAGACAGGAGAGACGGUGGCACUUAAAAAAGUGGCUCUCCGGAGGCUUGAGGACGGGAUCCCCAACCAAGCUCUUCGGGAGAUUAAAGCUCUGCAGGAGAUCGAGGAAAACCAAUAUGUAGUGACGCUGAAGAACGUGUUCCCUCAUGGUACAGGCUUUGUGUUGGUCUUUGAGUACAUGCUGUCAGAUCUCUCUGAAGUUAUUCGCAACUCCCAGCGGCCCCUGACAGAGUCGCAGGUCAAGGGUUACAUGCUGAUGCUGCUGAAAGGGGUGGCUUUUUGUCACGAAAACUGCAUCAUGCACAGGGAUCUGAAACCAGCCAACCUGCUCAUCAGCUCCACUGGUCAGUUAAAGAUUGCUGAUUUUGGCCUGGCUAGACUCUUCUCCAAUGAAGGCGAGCGUCUCUAUAGUCAUCAGGUGGCCACCAGAUGGUAUCGAGCUCCAGAGCUUCUCUAUGGUGCUCGGAAGUAUGAUGAAGGUGUGGAUCUCUGGGCAGUGGGAUGCAUUUUCGGGGAGCUGAUAAAUAACUCCCCGUUGUUCCCUGGGGAGAAUGACAUCGAGCAGCUGUGCUGCGUGCUCCGCGUCCUCGGAACACCCAAUCAGCAGGUUUGGCCGGAGAUUACAGAGUUGCCAGACUACAACAAGAUCACGUUCAAGGAGAACCCCCCCAUUCCCCUAGAGGAGAUUGUGCCUGACACUUCCCCCCAGGCAGUUGACCUUCUGAAGAAGUUCCUGGUCUAUCCUUCCAAACAGCGCAUCACUGCCAGCCAGGCUCUGCUUCAUCCCUACUUCUUCACAGAUCCCCUGCCCGCCCAUCAUUCUGAGCUUCCUAUUCCCCAGCGUGGAGGCGGUCGCUCUCGGCAGCGUCUCCAGCCGCCCCACGAGUUCUCUGUGGAUCGGCCCCUAUACAAGAGCUUGGUGGAUCCUGCACUGAUCCAUGGACAUGCUUGAGGGAAUUCCUGAGUUGCAUCUAACAGUUUUUCAACUUUUAUAUGGAAAUAAGACCACCGAUAUUUCCUUUCGCUGAUGGAGAUAAUAUCACUCAGUCUAGCAGAAUUACUAAACGUUUCAGUCCUGCAAGUCCAUUACUUAGGGGUUAUUAUGCUCUUAUAGGGUGUUCUGAUGAUUGCCUUUUCGGCGUUUUCGGUGAACUCACGUGUGACACUCUACACUUGGCCAAGGAUUCUAAUCAGUGGUCGUCUUGGCAUGAUAUUUCACUUGAACCUUACAUGGUUACUUAUCUCAUCAGGGUAAUUACUUCAGCUUUGUUCGAGGCUAUCUGUGCAUCAUAUACUGAAAAGGCAGAUAAUACCUUCAGGAACGAUCGCUCGAGGAAACAUCCGUAACGACAGCGGAGCAGACGAGCGGCUCUGGCGCCCUGCUGGACCUCAGCCGAAGUUAGAUAUUUGUGUAUUUCGGCUCCUGCCGUUAUUCACUUUCACCUGGAGGUUUACAGUGUUUGCACCAUGAUGAAGGAACCAUUUUUUUGCCUUCUCAGAAUUGCCAUACUUGCAUUCAGGUAGGGUUGCAAGUCAUCUCGCCUUCAUCACAGAGGAUGAAGUGGCUCUAUUCUGCUUGCUGGGACGCUGGGCCCCUGUCUGUGACGGGAAGAAUUGGGCCGGAGCGAUGACUGCCAGGGCGUGGUAUUGAGUUCAGGGUGUGGAGACAGGUGGCUGCAGUCGCAUGGGAUUUAUUAAGGGCUUCCUAAGGACUAUGCCUUUGGUAUUUACUGGGAAAAGUGAAGGGUUCUGCUUCAGCAUUGAACUGAUGGGGUUGGUGGCUUUGAGGUCAGUGGUAGAUCCUCUUAUUUGUAUCUUGUGAAAUGUUGAUUCUGUAGAAACGUCGGUGUUCACGAGUCCAGGGCAGCAGAGGGACAGUGUUUGGGGCAUCAUCUGCACCACUUAUGAUUUUGACUCCAUUCAGUGCCGAAGAUGCAUUUCUUAUCAGGGUGGAAAAUCGUGGAAGAUUUUUCUCUGUGUUUGUACAAUUUCACGCUCCAAACGGGGGUGAGGGGGUGCGGUGGCGCAGUGGCGCAGUGGG